AUGUUGUCUAUUUUUUCUGAUAUGAUUGGAAAAUGCAUGGAAAUUUUUAUGGACGAUUUUUCUAUUUUUGGUGAAUCAUUUGAUGAAUGCUUAAAUCAUUUACAGCAUGUACUUGAGAAAUGCAUAGAGAAAAAAUUAGUUUUGAGUUGGAAGAAAUCACAUUUUAUGGUUAAAGAGGGAGUUGUGUUGGGUCAUAUUGUGAGUAAAAGGGGUUUAGAGGUGGAUAGAGCAAAAAUUGAUAUUAUAUCUAAAAUGAAACCUCCAAAUUCAGUAAAACAGAUUAGAUCUUUCUUGGGUCAUGCAGGUUAUUACAGAAAAUUUAUUCAAGAUUUUUUGAAGAUUUCUAAACCUCUCACCAUGCUAUUAUCUAAAGAUGUGCCUUUUAAUUUUGAUGAAAAAUGUUUUGAGUCUUUUUCCGAAAUAAAAAGAUUACUUACUGAGGCACCCAUUUUAUAA